AAUAUGAAAUUGAGAAGCGCAAUGUAUGGCGUGCACGAUGGUACAUGUGCAGCGCUGACUUUGUAGCCAAUUGAUUUGCAAUUUCACCACCUAUCGCCACCGCCAACUCCUCCCUCUUCACCACCACCAACUCUCCACCUAUUGGGUGAUGGCUGCUUAUGGAGCUGCCGUUUCUCUCAAGAACACCAUUCAGAGUCUUCUUGAAUCGUCUCGCAUCUCGCUGGUUCCUCCCUCUCCUGAGAUCUUACGAUCUGCCUAUGAUGCCAUCUGUUGCUUGCAGAAAGUCCUGCUGAAAUUGGAGGACACUGGGUACAGCAUGAUCAGGACGAAGGUGAACGCUUUGGAUGAACGAAUCAAAGAGGUCAUAUGGGAAUUUGAAGAUUUACUCGAAUCCCAUUACGCUGAUCAGAUUCUUCCACAGCUUGAAAGCAAGAGAGAUCGCUUGCCUUUCUCUGUAGAUCUGCAGAGUCUGCAGCAGAGUGUUGAUCGCUUCAUCGAGAGGAUGGCGGUGAUGGAGGCGGAGUACGAUAUGGAGCUGCUGAAUAUGCCAGAAGAAGAAGGUGAACCUCUUUCCUCGAGAAUUGAUAUUGGAGGAAUCAACUCAGAGAUGGUUGGAUUGUCCGAGCUAUUUGAACAAGUGAGGGAUUUUCUUCUUCUAGGAGGAGAAGGUGAAGGUGAAAAUGAAGAUGCUGAAGGGAAUUGUUUAUUAUUGACUGGGAUGGCAGGAGUUGGAAAGACUACUCUUGUUAAGAAAGUAUUUGACGAUCCAUCAAUUCAGACACAUUUUGAGCUUCGAGCAUGGGUCAAAGUGGGCCGAAAAUGUGAAUCCGCUGAAACAUUAAGAUGCAUUCUAGCUCAAGUGGAUCCCAACAAUCGCGACCAAAUGCUUACCCAAAGAGACAAUGAUGAUAUCGAGAAAUUAGUUGGACUCUUGGAAGAGAAAUUGAAGGAUAAGAUAUGUCUCGUUGUGUUGGAUGAUGUAUGGCAAUGGGACACACAACUCAUGAGUACCUUGCAAGAAAAGAAUGUCCAAAUUUUGGUUACAAGCAGGCUGAGAAUUGAAGAUUCUCCAUGUAUUGGUGCGGUACGUUUAUUGGAUGAAGAAGAAAGUAAGAGAUUACUUGGUGAGAAGGUGUUCGGUGAAAAAGGUUUCCCACCUUACCUUGAGGAAUUGGGAGAAAAGAUUGCAGAAAAAUGUGAAGGUCUUCCACUUGUGAUAGUUACAGUUGCAGAUCUCCUAAGAAAAGCCAACGAGGGUACCGGAGAAGAGCUUAACAAGAGUACCCAAGAAUAUUGGACCGAGGUAGCUGAAACACAACAAAGUUCAGUCUUUCUGGAUGCAUAUAAUCUAAUAUCAAAGGUAUUUUUCCCAAGCUAUGACUACUUACCCCAAAAUUUGAAAAUGUUUUUUCUCUAUUUGGGAGCUUUCCCCCCAUAUACGAAUAUUAAUCCACGCGAUCUCAUUUGGUAUGCAAGUGCUGAGGGGUUUUGUGAACAAAUUGGAAAACAAAAGUUGGGUGAGGUUAUGGAAUACUUUAUGUUCGGUAUCUUGAGAGAGCUUGCUGAUAAUUAUCAUCUUCUUCUAUAUGAUUUUGAUCCAAUGUCUUGGUUUUCAAAUAAAGAUUGUCGUGUGCAUUCUUGCUGGCAGCACUUGUGUAAGAAAGAAGCUAGUAGAAUCAAGUUUUUGCAUGUCUUACAAAGUUGUGAGGAAGAUAUGAAAGGACAACGUCGGUUGUGUGCCCAUUCCAACACUUUAUUUGCCAUUAAAGAAGUGUAUGAUUCAAUAAAAAGUGAUUGUUCUUCCACAGUCCGUUCUCUCCUUUGUCAUGGUCCAGCCCACCCUUAUCCAGUUCCAAUACAUGCCAUGGAUUUCAAAUUGCUCAGGGUAUUGAAUGCUCGUAAGGUCCGAAUUUACGAUAUCCCACCUGAAAUUCUAAAACUAGUUUGUCUAAAAUAUCUUGCCCUGACUUGCAACAAAGAGCCCCCUGGUUCAAUUUCCACCCUUUUGCACCUUCAAUUCUUGAUUAUCCGUCGACAUGUGGCCAUCAUAAAGCGUGGAGCUCUGCCAUAUAUGCCAAUGGAAAUAUGGGACAUGCAAAACCUACAAUUUCUUGAGGUCGGGGAAAGAGACCUGCCAACCCCUGAUUCUAACUCUAAUGCUAUUUUGGACAAAGUCUCUUUUCUUAUAGGCGUGACUACAAAGAGUUGCACUACAGAGUUUCUUAAAAGAAUCCCGAAUCUAAGGCAUUUAUCCACGAUUAUGAUACAGAAGCCUUAUGAUGAAGACGAUGAUAGCAAUUCAUUGAGUGGCUUGGCUAAUAUCUCAGAGGAACUCCAGAAUUUGAGUGUUCUUCAAAUUGAUGUAUUGAACCCUGAUAUGAAGUGGGAGGCUAUGGUUCCUCUUUCAAUGUUCCCAUCAAGUUUAUUAACAUUGACUUUGACUGGUUUAGGGUAUCCUUGGCAGUACAUGAACGAGAUUGGUUCGAUGCUACCAAAUCUUAGUAUCCUCGUAAUACAAGAGUAUGCCUUUCGAGGCCCAAAGUGGGAUCUAGAGUCGAGUUGUUUCUUGAAACUUGUAAUUGAAGACACUGAUUUGGUGGAAUUGAGAGCUCAAAAGGGACGCCGCCCUUGGAUUAAGCUCCUAAGCCUACGAUAUUGCUACAAAUUAAAACAUCUCGAUUGGUUGAGUAGUUACUCAAGGGAAACACCUGUAAUUGAAAUAGUGGAUUGCAAUCCCUUAGUUUACGAAUCUGCCGCGAAAUUACCAGAAUCUGAUUUUGAAUUUCAAUUCUACCGUUUUUAUGAGUGAUGCGAAGUCGCAGCUGGAGUUUCAACUUGGUUAACAGGUAAAUGAGAGAACAAAAUGGGUCAGAUGUCGCAUUAUCCCAUCUUUUCAAGUGUGCUUCCAUGUUGUUUCCUGAAUUCAAGGAUUGUGAUUUGUUGUAUUUUGUAGAGAAUUAUGAAACCUGAAUGUUGAACUAUGUUUGUAACCAAAACUAUUGUCAGCUUGAAUUUCUGUUAAAACAUUGCUGGCUUUUUCCCAUAUUCAAUACUCUCUCUGCUUUAUGCAUGAUUUUCAA